UGCAGCCAGCAACAACUGCUCGUCCCGGCAGCAACCGCGGCAGGCUCGUUCAGUUGUGUCCGGAAGGUUGGUGCGAUAGCUCGCAAUUUACUGGUUGUCUGUCAAGUCUUCAGUUCCGUUCAAAUCCGUCGUAGACUUUUGAAAAUACACCAGUAGAGAAGUGAAGAAUUUCGUUUGGCUUACAUUUUAGCACCCAUCGGAAACGUUUAGCAGCGAGGAAAAAGUGUUUGUUUUAACUACAGGAAAGUGCGAAGAAACAAAUACCGAGCGGGCCGACUGUCAUGAAUGAAAGUAGUGUUGUUUGGGUCGUGUUUUUAUUGGUUAACAUAAAAAAUGUUUUCUGGGAAAUAAAUCGGUGGACCAGCGUGGACAAUUUUUGUUGUUGAAUUUGUUCGUUUGUUUGCGCGUUUUCACUCGUCGUGUUCAUGAGUCAUUAGAAACCAGUUUCUGUCUAGUGUGGAGUUUGGAGCAAAUCGAAAAGCUUUGUGGCGCUUUCCUGAAAGGUCAGUCUGUGUGUCAGCUAAUUGGUUCGCCGGUAGACGACUUACCGGUGCGAUAUUGAUAGCAUAGUUAACCAGAAACCAAUACCUCCUUUGGUAGUGUCGCGUGUGAGUGUGUGUUUUUUUGUUUACCGGUGUCUGUUUCUCGUUUCCGGUUUCCCAGGCACAAAAGUAGUUGAGGAGAAUCCAGCGCUGAGAAAUUCCAGAACACAACAAAGCAGAUCUGCCUCAAUCAAGAGAACGCCGAGCAGCGACGGAUGACCUGCUUUACCGGAGAGUGACUCUUUUGGAUCAUCGCUAAAAGGAAAUCUUUUUUUUUGCAACAACAGUCGCGUUCGUGGGUGGAGCUUUAGCAAUAUCGAUAACCAUGAUUUAGCUGAGCAGUUUAGUGUUCAUAUAAACGAAACAGAGCUGUUAUCCAUCGAAUACCAAAAUAAAGCAAAAGCAAGCACCCCCGCGGUAAAUCAGCGAAGAUGAAUCUGAAGAAUAUCUGCUCGGUUUUGGUGGUGUUCAGUAUUAAGUACAUUAGCUGUGAUAGUUUGCCGUGUGAUUUCAUCGAUUCUGUGAACAUCACCGACGGAAUCCGAGAUGAGAUGGGAAACAUCAUUCACAAUAGCAUCCUGUACAAACCCAAGUACUAUCGGACGAUCGAUUACGAUUACGAGAACUUCUCGCAGAAAAAAAUUGUGGCCAACUACAUCCGGGGAUGUCCCUGUGCGGUUCGGCUGUGCGUUCGAAUGUGCUGUCCCCGGGGGCAUGUGUUUCACCAGCGAAAAUGUGUACCCACCGACGUAAUGCUGGAAGUUCGGGUCAACACAACACUCUUCAACUCGCAGCGUAGCUACGAGGUGAUCGAUUUGGUACAGAAUCCGAUGUAUGGCUUUCUGUACGGGAAGCCCUGCGAGUUUGUGUACGAACUGGAUCCAAUGGAGGAUGAAGGGGACGAGUGGGACUUUGCAAGGAAUGGCAGCAUCAUCUACGAUACCAAACUGUUGACGAGGAACCAAUUUUGCUUUAUGCAAACCAACGAUUCCGAGCCGGUGGUGCCGUUCGUCUGCUUCGAGCCCCAGGAGGACUUUAAAUAUGCGCUCUACCCCAUCGGCAUGCUCCUGUCGGUGCCGUUCCUGAUGGUCACAUUCUUCGUGUAUGCGUGCAUCCCGGAGCUGCGGAAUAUGCACGGCAAGUCCCUGAUGUGCUACGUGUUUGGGCUUGCCGUUGGGUACACCGUGCUGUCGCUGGUCCAGAUGCGGAUAUUCGAGGGUGAUACCACCCCCUGCAAGGUGACCGGGUACUUGGUGUACUUUUCAUUUAUGGUUAGCUUCUUCUGGCUCAACGUGAUGUCAUUCGAUAUCUACUGGACGUUCAGUGGAGUUCGUGGCGCCAAAAGCACCGAGCGGAAGAAGUUCGCACUCUAUUCCCUGUAUGCCUGGGGUUGCCCGGUGCUGAUGGUUGCGCUAGCCCUGGUCAUGGACUAUACCGAACUGGUGCCUCCCAGUUAUCGACCGCUGGUGGGUGUGAAGCGUUGCCUGCUGCAAGAGGACAAAUAUGUUGAAUUCUUCUACCUUUACCUGCCAAUGUUGCUGCUGGUGUUCGCGAACGUCAUAUUUUUUGUCAUAACCGCGGUGCGAAUAAUAAAGAUUCAGCGGGAAACCUCGAUGGUAAGGCGUGGAGACUCCAAACGACAUUCCAAGUUGGACAACGAUCGGGACAGAUUUGGGCUCUACUUGCGCCUGUUCAUCGUGAUGGGUGUGACCUGGUCACUGGAGGUGAUAUCCUGGGCCGUGGACAACGUGGCUUGGAUAUUCUACAUCUCGGACGUGUGCAACUGCAUCCAGGGCUUCCUGAUCUUUAUGCUGUUCGUGUGGAAGCAGAAAGUCAAACGGCUGAUCUACAAAAAAUUCGGAAUCCGGCUGGGCGAACCGGAGCCAUCGCUGUCCACCUGCAGCACACGUACGACGGCAACGGUCAUAACGUCCUCGUUCCACGGGUCACGAUCGGAAAAACCACUGGUAACCCGUAUCAGCGUAGACCACAGUGGACCGAGGGCACCCUUGACCCCGACGGACACGGCAGCCAAACAGCUGAAAUUGCAUCAGUUCGGUUGAGUGACGGUCGAGCGAUGCUACUGCGGGUCAUUAGCGUCGAUCGGACAACCGAGGAAAGCGUGCUGAUGCACUCGCAGGAAGAUCUGGCACUGACCGCGAACUGACAGCUAAAUACGCAAAAAAGCCAAAGAUGGAGCCGAGGUUUUUUUUUUCAAUGGACGAGUACAAAGUGUGUAUGUAGUUUCUAUGUAAGAAUUACAGUGUACAAGUUGAUGUACAAUACUUAUUAUAAUGCCUAUGUGUCAAAUUAAACGUAACGCGAGCUAUUUCGCUUAAGUUAGUAAAAAGGUGUAUGCUUGUAAGAUAUGUAUAUGUAAAUGACGAUACACUUUUUAGUUGAUAGGAAGUAUGGAACAUAUUCAAGAAUGUAGGAACCUCAACUAGUGUCGAAAAGAGUAUUUUAAUACUGAACGAUAAGCCAGUUUUAUUACUACACAAAAAUUGUACUUAACAAUGUAUUUUACCAAAAAGUUCAAUUUGAUUUAGAAUAUUAUCAAUAAUGAAUGCUACCUCCUACUGCAAGUAUAAAAUAUA